AUGAGUGAGGGCCGGAAAUACAAGAUGCCGCCUAGCGCCUUCCUCCACGUGGACGCCGCUGGUCCGUGGAUCCGCCGCCGCUGCGUCGUAGAGUACGACGGCACUGAUUUCUGCGGCUCCCAGGCACAGGACCAGCCGAGUUUGAUACGCACCGUACAAGAAGUUAUUGAGGACGCACUGAGUCGCACCACAGGCGAGACGGCGCUUACGAGACUACGCUUUGCUUCGCGCACCGACACGGGUGUACACGCACGAGGGCAGGAGGUUCUGGUCGUCAGUCGUUGCAGCGCGUCAGACCGCAUCUUUCGUGAUGCACUCAACAACCGCCUGCCUGAUGACGUCCAGUGUCGCAGCAUGACCACUUUGACUGAGGCCCAGGCCAGUUUCGACCCGUGCUUGGACGCUGCAUACAAACGCUACGAGUACGAAGUGCUCUCUGGCGGGUUACGGCCUGUAGCACGCCGUCGUAAUGUGUGGCAUGUGCGCAAGUCGCUGGACGUGGCCAAGAUGCGGACGGCGGUGAAGCACCUGAUGGCACCGCCUCUGACAAAAGAUUUUUCGUCUUUUACACCGCACAAAUCUGUGGAUGAAGGGCACGGGAACGUCUGCACGGUCUUCAAUAUCCAGCUCCAUGUCGAGAAAGAGGACGGCUCAGAUGAUGUACAGUACGAAGGGGAUGUGGCCACGAGGAUACGACUGGUCUUUGACGGUGACCGAUUCAGGUACAAGAUGGUGCGCAACCUGGUGGGCACGAUCGUGGACGCGGGGUCCGGCAGGUUGAGCCCAGACGGUAUUCCAAUGAUUUUAGCAGCGAAGCAUCGGGGAACAGCAGGCCAGGGUGCGCCGCCGCAGGGUCUUACGCUCGUGUGGGUCAAGUACGACUAA